GGGCUGCGAGCAGGCGCUUUCUUUCCCGCUGCGCCGCGCUCGCUGGUGUGGAGUUGUGGUUGCUGGUCCUUGUCUGUGGCUGGUGCCGCUCUUUUUUAUUUUAAACUUAUACAUUUCGCUCGCGCGGUGCGUUCCUUCCUCCAGCUAUGCCUAACCCUGUCGUGUUUUUCGAUAUCGCCGCCGACGGAGAGCCCCUCGGGCGCAUCACCUUCGAGCUGUUUGCAGACACAGUUCCAAAGACAGCAGAAAAUUUCCGUGUGUUGAGCACUGGAGAGAAAGGUUUCGGUUACAAGGGAUCAUGCUUUCACAGAGUCAUUCCUGGAUUCAUGUGUCAGGGUGGUGACUUUACCCGCCAUAAUGGAACAGGCGGUAAAUCUAUUUAUGGUGAGAAGUUUGCCGAUGAGAACUUCAUUCUCAAGCACACAGGCCCUGGCAUUUUAUCUAUGGCGAAUGCUGGUCCCAAUACAAAUGGGUCUCAGUUCUUCAUCUGCACUGAGAAAACUGAAUGGUUGGAUGGGAAACACGUGGUCUUUGGCCAAGUCAGAGAGGGCAUGGACAUUGUGAGGAAAAUGGAGAGUUUUGGCUCAAAGAAUGGCAAACCAAGCAAGAAGAUCAUCAUCUCCGAUUGUGGAGAUCUAAAAUAACAUUCUUGUUGUCUUAACCAAUCGACCAUUCCUUCUGUAGCUGGGGUUAGUCCCCUCUGAAUCUUUAUGCUCCUGACUUACUGCUGCGUUUCUAUUGGGUUUCGAUUUCUGCUCCCUCACAAGUCCAGCUGGACUGAAGAUAAAAAUUUGUUUUCAAAAUGAAAUAAAACAAGUUAAACCAG